AGCAACCGCUUCGUGUGGCGUGUCGUGGUAGCAGAAAUCCGGUCCGCGUUACAGUUCGGUUUCAUCGCUCGUCGCGGAACGUGCUCGUUUUUGCGAACGAUUUGCUUUAAACCAACCUGACCACCACCGCGUGUGUGUUUUGCCCUGGACGUGAACGUAACGGCGAGCGCAACCGAUCCGGAGUACGCCGAUACCAGUGGCUGGAGUGGCUUCCUUUUCUGUGACCGCGGGAAACGAAUUCUUAUCAGCAGCAAACACAAGCAAAACAACGGGCUGGAAGGCUUUUGACUGCUGCUGCACUACCAGUUAGCUGCUGCUGUUGAUCCGCGAUCCACCGGGUUGCUUGUACGAAAGAUCUACGCCACACCUUCCAGCGUCUCUAGGCGAACAUGUCGAACUCGUACGCGACUACAGGCGCACGGCCAACGUCACGAUGGAAGCGGUUUGUAAAGUCGAACCUGCUCACCUUCCUGACCGUGGUCGGCGUGUUCGGUGGCACGGCGCUCGGCUUGAUGCUGAAGAAUUCCUCCGAACCGUGGACACAGCGUGAGGUGAUGUAUAUCCAGUAUCCGGGCGAUCUGUUCCUACGGAUGCUCAAGUGUCUGAUCGUGCCGCUGCUCGUGUCGUCGAUCACCAGUGCGAUCGGUUCGUUGGAUUUGAGCAUGUCGAAGAAGAUCGCGUUCCGGGCCAUCGUCUACUACUUCACCACGACGAUCUGUGCCGUCAUCCUGGGCAUUAUACUGGUCAGCACGAUUCGACCCGGUGCGGGCCGUGAUGUGAGCACUAUGGGUGGCAAAGCUACCACGCGACAGGUGCUUACGGCCGACACACUGCUAGAUCUCAUAAGAAAUCUAUUCCCACCGAACAUUAUCCAGGCCACAAUGUUUCAGUUCCGAACCAUUCUUGUCCCUCCAGCAAAUGCUACCGGUGUUCCCUUGACACAGUACAAGAUCACUUCCGAGUUUACCGAGGGUACGAACGUGCUCGGUCUGGUGAUGUUUAGCGUAGUGCUGGGCACGUGCAUAGGCAAGAUGCGCGAGAAGGGCAAACCCCUGCUCGGUCUGUUCGAAACGCUCAGCGAAGCGAUGAUGAUCAUCACCUCGUGGGUAAUCUGGAUUUCGCCGAUCGGUGUGCUGUUCCUGGUCGCUGCCAAACUGCUCGAGAUGGCGUCCUUCGUCGAGGUGCUGGGACAGCUCGGCUGGUACUUUAUGACUGUGAUGCUGGGACUGAUGCUGCACGGAUUCGGUACAAUUUCGGUAAUCUUCUUCCUCACGACGCGCAAGAUGGCGUUCCCCUACAUUGCCAAGAUGAGCCAAGUGUUGGCGACUGCAUUCGGUACCGGAUCUAGCUCGGCCACGAUGCCCAUCACGAUCCGCUGCCUGGACAAUAUGGGCAUCGAUCCGCGUGUGACGCGCUUCGUCAUUCCCGUCGGUGCGACGAUCAACAUGGACGGUACGGCACUGUACGAAGCUGUCGCCGCCCUGUUCAUUGCUCAACUACGUAAUAUUCAUCUGACCUUUGGUCAUAUCGUCGCUGUGAGUGUGACUGCCACGGCUGCCUCUAUCGGUGCGGCCGGUAUUCCGCAAGCCGGACUUAUCACGAUGGUCAUGGUGCUGGACACUGUAGGAUUGCCGGCCGAGGAUGUUACCAUCAUUAUUGCCGUUGAUUGGCUGCUCGAUCGAUUCCGUACGACCAUUAACGUGAUGUGCGACGCUCUGGGAACGAUUCUUGUCAACUCCCUGUCGAAAAAAGAUCUAUCCGGUGAAGCCAACGGCCAUCUGGAACUGGCUGAACCACACGAGCUGGUAGAAUUGCGACCAGACCAGAAGGAAUAGACGCCAAUCUCCACUGUUCCCAAACGGUGCCGGCAGCACUCCGGACCGCACAUCAACUUUUCAUCCCUUUUGCCCCAAUACACUAGAACGCAUGGUUGUUCUGCAUUUGAUGCCGCAAAAUGGGGCAGCACGUUCGUUCGUGUUAUACGUAACAGUUGUACGUAGUAAUAGAACAUCAACCCGAACCGUUUCCGGACAUAUCUUUUCUUUGCGGACACACACGAUCUUCAUUAGCGAUCGGUACUGCGGAGUAUGGGCUUCCGGAAAGGCAAUGACGAACAGAGCUCACAGCAUUCUCAUUCUUUUACCCUAACGAAAUCGACGGCCAAGGUCUGCUCGUACGUUUCCUUGAUGGGAAGUGUGGCAUUUCGUACCCCCACGGACCUCUCGCGCUCCACAUUCGGUACACUAACGAUUAAGGCCUAGCAAUGCUCAACAAUCUUGAGAAAGGGUUUCGCGGAAAUGGAGUGUCGCACUAAACCCCACUACUGCCUCCCCCAUCACCCCACCCCCCGCCGGCACCCCGUUACCGUUUCCAUUUUCUUCACCCAAACACGUGCUCUACUAGCCGGAACACAACCCCGAAACCAAAACAUCCGCUAAAGCCGCGAUCGCGUGUGAUUGUAUGUAUGUAUGUGUGUAUGUGUGUGUGUGUGUGUGUGCCAUGAAACAAUAGAAACACGACAAUAGGCAAAUAUAUAGGAUAUACAUAUAUUGUAGGGAAUAUUGGGAGAAGAAAAUUCGGACGCACCGACGACAACUACGCCGACCGGUGGUGCGCCGUGCGUUAGGGACAGAAACACAUUUCGAUCGAUUGUGUUAAAUGAUUAGUGUGGUAAGGUUAUAGAAACACGAAAAAACUAAAACACAUAACAGUAUCUCUAUGUAAGCAAAAGGGUGCAAAGCACGAUCAGACUUUGCGCGAAGAGGAAUUAGAGAAGAGACAACAUAGACCCGGAAUCUGGACCAGGAUGAUGGCAGGAUACAGAUAUAUACGGAAUAGAUCGUUUAGUAAACCCGUUCGGACUCAACUGGCGUGUGUAAAUGGCAUUGCCUUGCUCCACGUGUGUCUUCUCACACACACACAUUCUCCAUCACCCCCUCCCCUUCCCCAGUCUAGCGGACAUCGAUGUUAUAUACGUGUGUAUGUGUGUACCAUAUAUGGAUGUUUAAUAACUCACCUGUAGACUCUAUCUGUUCUGGUGGAUGCGCUCACUACUACUAUUGCCCCCAAGCGGUAACUUCCGUCGUGUUUCGGAGCUUCCGAAACAGCGUUCCGGUGUCUUCCUUUACUUCCGGUGCAUUUCACUUGCGUUUUUGGUACACUUCCGUUCGGUAAGGGUCCGCUUCCUUUUGGUUCAGCAAAACAACUAUACAGAGGGCGAAAGAGAGAGAGUGAGUGAGUGAGAAUACGAAAGUGAAGAGGAUCGUGCAUUAAGAAGGGGGGCUUACCGGAAACCCAGAGACAGAGGCGCGUAAAAACCCCUAGAUUUUAGUCAACUUUUCGGCGUCAACGCGUGCUGCGUCAAAGCAAAAUGAUGUGUUUGUAUAUUUCAAAAUACUUACAAAUAUAUUUUAAUGAUUCACCUUUUG